AUGCCGUCGGCGAUUGCUCAGAUGUCGUGUUUCUCAUCAACGAUUAGCAGCCGUCGGUUGCCGCACAAAUCCAGAUCGUACUCGUUCCCUGCCGGCUAUCGUUCCGUAAAGGUGCUAAAUGUUAUUAGUAGUGAUGGACAUAGCUCGAAUCUAUCCAAUUUGGAAAACGGUGAAUUAAAGUCGCAUAACGGAACUUCAAUAGAAUCAGAGCCUCUCACAGAAGGUUCUGUAAUUGGAGCAUCAAAUGGGCACACACCGGAGGUACUCAUCAGCCAGCCUAAAAGGGCAGCUAAGAUUCAUGAUUUUUGUUUCGGAAUCCCCUUUGGUGGACUUGUGCUAAGCGGUGGACUAGUUGGCUUUAUUUUCACAAGAAACCCUGUUUCUUUAAGGACCGAUGUGCUCUACGGAGGUGCUUUGCUAGCACUUAGCACUAUUAGCUUGAAGGUCUGGAGACAUGGAAAAUCCAGCUUACCAUUUAUAUUGGGUCAAGCAGUACUGUCUAUCGCCCUACUUCGGAAGAAUUUUCAAGCCUAUGCAUUGACAAAAAAGCUCUUCCCCACGGGCUUUAGUAUCGUCAUCAGUGCUGCAAUGCUCACCUUCUAUUCCUACGUGGUGUUAUCCGGUGGUAAUCCUCCACCAAAGAAGCUAAAGUCAUCGGAAUCUGUCGAGUCGUCAUAG